AUGGAACUGAAAAUGACAUGUACUGAAAAGACGCCUGUAAAUCAUAACGUGGUUAAAAUAGUGCUGGAAUGUGAAGAUACCUUAGUUGAAAUGCCUGUGAGUUCAUUCGUGCUGAUUACAAGUAACAUGGGCAUGAAGAGACCGUAUACGCCAAUUGAACAGACGAAGAAACACCUGUUAUUUUAUGUGAAAGUGUAUGAAAAAGGAAAUGUGAGUCGGUUCCUGGGCAAUUUGAAGAAAGGAGAUCCAGUGAAUGUGACGUAUUUUGUAGAAAAGAGAACGUACACGCCAAACGAGUUUAAGAACAUCUUGUUCGUUGCGGGUGGUACUGGGAUCACUCCAUGUCUUCAAGUCAUACGAGAAAUUGUCAAAAACAAAAAUGAUAAGACAAAAUGCACGAUACUGAAUUACAAUUCAACACCAGACGACUGCUUUUGUAAGGAAGAGAUUGAAGAAUAUUGCAAGAGUAUGCAGGUGAGAUGCAUCAAUAGGUUUGAUCGUGAUUUUAAUGUGGAAUCAGAUUAUGACUUCGUAUAUGUUUGUGGGCCACCUGGAUUCAUGGAGUGUAUCAGUGGAAAAAAGACACCAGAUAAGCAACAAGGAGAGCUAAAGGGAAUUCUGAAAGAUGCAGGUUACACAGAGUCACAUGUGUUUAAGUUCUAA